AUGAGGCAACCAUCGCCGGGGUCCGGCACAACCGGUACGUCGACGGUUUCCUCGAGCGGGCCCGACGGGGAGAAUGGCCAAAGUAUCGGUUUAUACCCAGUGGGCAACGCUGGUUCGUCGAACGCGGAUCCAGCGACGGUCACACCGAUCACGACGACGGCGACGAUGCCGUUGGUUACCCCCGGCAUCGUUGCUGGAUCGGGAACUGGGCCCAGUAUCACCAGAAGCGUGUCAGCCCCCACCGCGCCUAGGCCAGUCGUCCAGGUGACUAGUUCCGCUAGCACACCUGGAUCACAGAGGCCUAGGUUACGAAGGAACAUGAGCCGCACCGAGGCUAUUAGGAACUACAUCAAACGAGAAACGGCGCAAUUCUUCGGCGUGGACGAGGAGUCUGAGACCCUAGAAAGACAAAGAUGGUUGGACCGAAGACGGAGAAUGGCGUCGAGGAAGUACGGUGCCCUUGUUCCGGAACACAGACCACCGGAUCCCGAUAUUACAAGGGACGUGCCAGAUACCACGGAUCUGCCAGAGGGUGUUACACUGAGAAGAUGGCAACAACCAGUGAGAAGGAAAGAUUCUGUGGCGAGAAUGACGCUUUCGGGUCUCCACUACGUCGUCGAGUCCCUGAGGAGACAACGGCCCCGUGAGACAUCGCAGACCAGGCCGGAGUCACGCAGCUUCCCCCCCAGCGUGAUUGCCUAUGUGUCGGGGGCAGAGGCGGCGACGUCAGCGGAGAGCGGCCAGGACGAGGAAAGGUCCUUCUUCGACAGGCCACCGCCGCCACCGCCGCCGCUUCCGCCGCCGCCCACGCAGCAAUCGCAGUCGCAGAUCGAGCAGGGUAUCGACGGACUAUCCAAGGACGAGGAGGACAGCGCGAAAGUCGCGGAUCUGCUCGAUUCCGCGGCCGAGAGGGAAACGUCCGAGGAAUUGGUCAGGUUUGCACCGCAGAAAGAUGAGAGGACGUCGAUCGACGGACAGGUCAGAAGACCUCGUCACAUCCCGAGGGACCAUUACAUUUCAAGAAAAACGAGUUGGAGCAGGUCGAGGUACGACACCUCCAUGGGCGAGGGCACCAGAGGGCAGAAGGACGAGGGGGUGACAUUGAGGAGGGAUUUAACCGGGGGCACGAGGAUUUCGCCGAGCACCAUCGACCGAAUAUUCGACAACAGUAACAGGCGGCAAUACGGCAUGGGAAUCGUCGGUAGAUUCUUUGGGAGAUCUUUUCGAAAGAGCGUGUCUCAGAAGCCAGACGUUAGGAAACAACUGGAUGAUUUUGAGGAUCAUCGACCAUACUUCACGUAUUGGAUUACCACCGUUCAAGUGCUCAUUUUGAUAAUCUCGUUAGCGUGUUACGGCUUCGGGCCCGUGGGCAUGGACCUUAGUCACAGAUCGGGACUGGUUCUCGUGACCAGUCUAUCGUUGCAGCAAGUGGACUACCAGGAACCAGCGAAUUUUUGGUUUGGUCCAAGGGCCGCGGAUCUGAUUCACCUGGGCGCGAAGUUCGCGCCUUGUAUGCGUCGCGAUAUCAAGAUCCUGAAAGAGAUCGAUGUCUGGCGGGAAAGGGAGCGCGACACAGCCUGCUGCAUCCGAAACGACGAUUCCGGCUGCGUGCAGUCCAGCAAAGCCGAUUGCUCUAACACAAUAUCGACCUGGAAAAAGUGGGGACCCGGAGACAGCGGACCUGGCGGACGCAUAAGCGGAUCGGUUUGCGGAUUGGAUCCGAAGUUUUGCGACGCUCCGGCGAGCAUAGCGCCGUACGAGUGGCCGGACGACAUCACUAAAUGGCCAAUCUGUCGCAAGACCAACCCUUUCAACCAACGGUUUAGUAGAAACGGCAGCCAACGGGGCAACAGUAACUUUCCAGUGAGCAGGUACAAGGACAAAAUGGCGGAGCACAUGGUCUGCGAGGUGAUCGGACAUCCAUGCUGUAUCGGUAUACACGGGAUGUGUCGGAUCACCACGAAGGAAUACUGCGAUUUCGUGCACGGUUACUUUCACGAAGAGGCGUCCCUCUGCUCCCAGGUCGAGUGUUUGCACGACGUUUGCGGCAUGAUUCCAUUUCUUCAUCCUGAAUGGCCGGAUCAGUUCUAUAGGCUCUUCACCACCACUUUUCUUCAUGCCGGAAUUCUUCAUCUAUCCAUCACGCUGUUCGUUCAGUACUUUCUAAUGCGCGACCUGGAGAAGCUCACAGGCUCGCUGCGCGUCGCUUUGAUCUAUUUCAUCGGGGCUCUAGCUGGCAACCUGGCCAGCGCAAUAUUCGUCCCUUAUAGAGCGGAGGUGGGUCCGGCUGGCGCGCACUUCGCCCUCUUGGCCACUCUGAUCGUCGAAGUGCUGCAUUGUUGGCCGAUGUUGAAGCACCCCCGUCGAGCGCUGUCGAAACUGAUCGUGAUCCUGUUUGCCCUCCUGGUACUGGGCAUCCUCCCGUGGGUGGACAAUUACGCGCACCUGUUCGGUUUCAUCUUCGGCUUCCUCGCCGCGUACGCGCUGAUGCCAUUCAUUUCGUUCGGUCACUACGAUCGUCGCCGUAAAAUCUGGCUGAUCUGGAUCUGCAUGAUCCUGAUCGUGGUUCUAUUCACCCUGCUGCUUGCCCUGUUCUACAACGUGCCGGUGUACGAGUGCGAGGUCUGCAAGCUGUUCAAUUGUAUCCCGUUCACGCGGGACUUUUGCGCCUCCCAGAACAUCAAUUUCAAACGGGAGGAGCCCGUAUGACACACGGGGCCGCGGUUCGAAGUCGAAUUCGAAGCAUCGUCCGAGAUGAUCCUGACUCGAGAAGGUGGAGAAGGAUCCACGGGGCCGUUGAUUGGGCUGGCUCUGCUGUUGCUGGUACCUGGACGCGCGAGCCCGUAAGUAGAGACAUGAAAGUGACGAAAGUGUCUUCGAUCUGUGUUCGCAAAAGAGGAAACGAGCUGCUACAGGAGGAUUCGCCAUUGGCCCAACGAAUCCGGAGGAACUCGUGUUCGUCGCCAACGGACAAACGACACUGCCUUAAAGUUAAUAAGAAGAAAAAGAAGAAGAAGAAGAAGAAGAAGAAGAAGUAAAAUCAUCCCUCCAGGGUUAGGGAUAGAGGACUCGUUUUGCAUUCUCGAGAGACCCUGGCGGGUGGAAGUGUACAUAAUAUUAGAGAACACGCGCCUUUACCGUGAACGACGACGCGGAGGAUCCUUGUUGUUUCACCGAGACGAACGAACGAACUUAUACGACGAGGGUGUUCCGUUAGAGGAUCUGUUCCGAUCCAUGGAGGGAGAGGUUGGCUCCUCUGGGCUCUGGUCCCGCGAUUCCAGGGAACGAGGACGAGAGAAAACGUGUACAUAGUGAAACUGACUCUUGUUACAUACGAUAUACAUAGGUACGACGUAAGGGACGACCUUGAUAAGUUUACGUUUUUAGGGGGCUGGGGGGGAGGGGACAUAGAGGAGCGUGGACGAUGUUAAAAGUGAUGGGGGACUGGUGUUGUUACGUCCACGACGCGGCGGCAGCCCCAGUGACCCUCCGAC